AUGAACGACUACUCGAUAUACAACAUCGCCGCGGCGGCGCUGUUGAUUCUCACCGCCGUCCCGUCCGUCAUCGUUUUCCUGUGCUCCUUGUGCCUGGCGCGCAGACACCGAGAUCCGGCGCGAUCCUGGCUCACCUUCUACAGAGCCGCCUUCGCCUUUUUCUGCCUGGGAAUUGUGCUCAUCUUUUUCAAUUACCUUCUGGCCGUCCUCUACAGCUUAUUAUACGAUUCCAUCUCUGGCUCCGACGUUGACCAGUUCGUCAACAAUAUCCGCAGGGCGCAAAACCAGACCAGCAUACUCGGCUCGUUCUUCGACGAACUCGCCAUCAUCGGCAUCCUGGUCGCCCUGCUCAGCCUCGGCAAGGCUGCUAGCUUCAUCCACGCCGGAAAGGUGUCGUCGGUCGAUCGAUUCAUCCAAUGGGGCGCAUAUGGCGUCGCCGGCCUUCUCGCCAUUCUGAACCUUGUGUCCUUUGCGCUUAGCGAAAAGAUGUAUACGGCCCAGUUUCAAGGCGCAGUGUCGACAACACUCAGUGAAAACUACAAGCUGCUGCAAGACCUGAGACGAGUCACCUUUGCGAUGCUCGUCAUCCAGAUGAUCUUCAACGUCUUUGUCCUGGCCAGAUCUAUCAUGGUCGCCGUCAAGACUCGCGCUGAGCCUCGGGUAACGACUGCUACUCGGUACCUAAUCGUGUGCUCCGUUCUCUUGCUCAUGAAGACAUGCUACAACGUCGGGUACUACGCCGACUACAUUCCCCUCGGCACUGAUAUUGUCAGCGAGAGGACUCCGGGACCUCACUUUGCCAUACUUGAUGUUAUUUUCAACUUUUGGCCGUCGUUUAUCAUCCUCAUGAUACUCUUCGCCCUCGGCACCAAGAAGCAAUAUGGUGUCUGGGCCACGGAGCAACCCUUCAUGAUGGUCCGGCCCAUGGCCCCUGGGAUGGCUCACCAGCAACCGCCCUGGGGCUACGUGGAGUACAGUGCCCAGACGCACCAGCCCCCGCCGCAAACAUGGCAGCAGCAGCAGCGGCAGCAGCCAUCGCCAGCAAUGCCCCCGGUGUACGCCAACCCUCAAGAGCUGCCACCCCAACAUGCGGGAUUGCACGCCCCGCAGUUCCGGCAUGAGCUGUCUCCCCAGCAGCAUUGGACGGAGCCGGCAUCACCACACAUUCAGCGCUCGUACGAAAGCAGCGUUCAGACUGGCGCCAUGUCGCCUCCGCCGCCGUCUCACUACGAGGCAAUGGGCCUGAACCACCAGGCCGAUGGCACCCCGCCCCAGGCCAGCCCCGUACCAUACAAUGAGAAGAGGUGA